AUGAAGCUUGAAGAUAUUUGGCUUCAGCAGGCAUUGAUGCUCAGCCUUGGUUGGAGUUUGGAGUUGCUAGGUAAGGCGUUGCGGGCGUGCGCUCUGCCAGCAAGACAUAGUUCUGGAUGGAUUCAGCCCCGGUAUUAUGCUACCACCACACAUCCAUCAGUUUGUUCAAGAACGAAGGAUCCUCGAUGGAUGGAUGUGGAUAUGACACGAGAGAGCGAUUCAGCUGAUGUGGUUAUAGUCGGAGGCGGUCCCGCUGGCCUAGCGGCAGCAUGCAAACUAAAACAAUUGUCCAAUCAGCAUAAGUCGAACUACCGCGUCGUCGUCCUGGAAAAGGCUCCUUACAUAGGGGGACACACUUUAUCUGGUGCGUGUAUUGAACCCACGGCACUGACUGAACUCUUUCCAGAUUGGGCAGAUCGUGGGCUUUUGUUCGACAGUGAUGGCGCUGUAGCCGGGGUGGCAACAAACGACCUAGGUAUUCACAAAGACGGCAGCCCAAAAGAAUCUUUUCAGCGAGGUAUGGAAUUCGCUGCACGACAGGUGAUAUUUGCCGAAGGUUGUCGCGGAAGUCUAACUAAGCAAGUUCUGAAGAAGUAUGGACUUCUUAUCCACAGUGAACGUCAAACAUAUGGAAUAGGAUUGAAAGAACUCUGGGAAAUAAAGGAGUCCAACUGGAAACCCGGCCUCGUCGAGCAUGGCAUCGGAUGGCCUUUGAUGGGACUGGAUUAUGAGAAUCCUUACACGAGUCCCUUUCGGGAGUUCCAGCGGAUGAAACAUCAUCCACAUUUUGCAAAACUCCUGGAAGGAGGAAAACGAAUAGGAUACGGAGCUCGUGCUGUCACCGAAGGCGGUUUUCAAUCUAUUCCCAAACUGACUGUUCCAGGAGGCCUACUAGUCGGUUGCGCAGCUGGCUUUCUAAAUGUUCCCAAAAUCAAAGGGGUUCACAAUGCAAUGCGCUCAGGUCUAAUAGCUGCUGAGGCUACAUUUGACGAGCUGCAAAAGAAAACUUCUGACAAUCAACGGGCGCUGGAAGUUACAUCCUACACGGAUAGGCUCAAAUCCUCUCCCGUGUGGCAUGAACUACACAAGGUGCGUAACAUACGACCAAGUUUCCAUGCCCUCCGAUGUGGCAUGCUUGGUGUAAUGUUCUACACAAGCACCUUAUGGUAUCUUUUCCGAGGCCGUGAACCGUGGACCUUCAAUCAUGGACUACCGGACAAUGCAAUGUUGAAGCCUGCUUCCGCCUGUAAACCCAUCGAAUAUCCUAAUCCGGACGGAGUCCUCAGCUUCGAUUUGCCCAGCUCCGUAUAUCUUACAGGAACCUAUCACGACGACGAUGAGCCAGCCCACUUGACCCUGCUAAAUGAUACGGUACCGGAGACAAUUAAUUUGCCGGAAUACGAUGGUCCUGAACAACGGUAUUGUCCAGCUGGAGUGUAUGAGUUUGUAGAAACUGAAAAGGGCACACAUUUGCAAAUCAACGCUCAAAAUUGCAUCCAUUGCAAGACCUGCGAUAUCAAAGAUCCUACGCAGAACAUCAACUGGGUUGUUCCACAAGGAGGUGAAGGACCUUCCUACAACGGAAUGUAAUCCCCAUGUUACAUCUUUUCGUAUGCGCUGCUUUCAUUGAUCCCCCUUGCUUGACGACUUUCAUGGUCCAGAGCACCUCAGUGACCAUGUCGAUCUGCCGUGAGCCUUUCCCGUUUGUAGUUAAUCUGUAAUUUAUGUCUUCAAUUUUUAAAGUAAUGAUUUGUGUAUGAGUUUUGCAGAUAAUAUGAAUUCUGGUG